AGAGACGAGGCUCUGCUGCCCCGGCGCUUCCAGGAGGACGAGGACCAGGAGGCGGCUGCGGCGGCUGCGGGCGGCAUUGAUGUGUGAGGUGUCCCCAUGGCUCCCCAGGGCCAGAGGGGCGCGGGGCCGGGGGCUCACGGGGCCAAGCGGGCCUCAAGCAGCCCCGGGAGGGCUCCGGGCAGCCCGAGGCCGGCAGCCAGGGCUGCGCCUCCCACGCCUCAGCUGCCGCUGCCGCCGCCGCCGCCGCCGCCGCUGCUGCCGCCCCUGCUACUGCUGUUGCUGCUGCUGGCGCUGGCCGAGCGCGGCCGCGCUGCCAACUCCGGUACCAACCAUCUGCGGAUGAAUGUCACCCUAACCCCACAAUCAUUUACAAACCCUCGGAGAUCUACAUCAACAUCACCAACAUGGCCUUCUUGGGAAUUAAAGUCUUCCUCGAAUGUUGACAGGUUCAAGGACCCCACGAGACAUUUCCCUGAAAAUGCAAGCUUGCUUCAGAUAAUCAAGUCCACACUGGCACACCCUCCCCCUAGAACUAGGGCUCAGACAGAUUUCUCUUCUGCCCUCUAUCAAGGGAGUGGGCAUAGUGCGUCCCUGGAUCCUCCCAAGGAGUUGGCUCAGACUCUCACCCACCCAAGACAUCGAGACUCGGAUGAAGCAGCUGAUGUGUCAGGCCCAGUCCGCACUCAACCAUUCAAAUCAAGAGUGACUAAAAGGGCCCAUGGCAGUGUGUCCUGGCCGGCUUUUGAGAACUCAUCAGAGAUGCCUGAAGUGGGGUCCAGACUUGUCCAAAGUACAGAUGGAGAAGCUGCUUCCAUGGAAAGGAGACACAGUCAACCUGCCCCUGCUACUGUAAACAAGCCUGUGCAUUUGUCACCAGCUCCUGAGGAUGUGAAGGCAAUGUCCCAUUCUGUGAAACAUGCCUCUUCCUCUCUGGUGCCAGCCACUUGGUCUUUUGCAGCUGCAGGUGAAGCAACUGCUACUCAUGCCGCCUCUUCACCAGCAAUGAAAAAUGAACCAGCUUCUUUCUCCACACCCAAUUUCCCAUGGCCGUCCCAAAGCAGGGAAUCUCCUCUGCUUAUGGUGGCAAAAAAUCCACCUUCUAAAGAAAAGAACAAGAAUAGGACUCCUGCAGACUUGCUCCUCGUGGAGACAGGCCAGUCUUCUGUCUAUCACUCUACAACUGCAAGUCUUCCUUUAGGGAAAGAAGGCAGCAUGAUGGGUGCUUUCAUGGGAAAUGAAAGAGCCAAUAUGGUGAUAUCUCCUGGUGCCAUUCCCACUCAGGAGACCACCACCUUAAGUGAGGCCGCAUCAGAUGCGACCACCGAUCACAUUCCAGCUGCUGUCAUCACAGAACGGGGAACAGAUCUCACACUGUCAGAAUUGCCUGUUCCUCCUAUCCCACCGACAGAGGGAUUACCUGCUUCUUUGAAGUCUUCUCCCAUAGCAGAUGCUGAGUCUGAGGUCAGGAGGACACCUGCAAAUACUUCUAGAGUCUCCACUUCAUUCCCUAAGCAGGAGGCAGCCCAUCCUCUUCAUUCUUCCAUACCAGCAAGAACCCAAGAGUUAAUGAGGACAAUUGGUUCCCGGACUUUUCUUCCGGAAGAAACUGAGUCUCAUUUCUUAGAAUCAGUGAUGCCUGUCUUGUCUCACCAAAAAGGUUAUGAUUUAAAUGGACAUGAAAAAAGUCCUGUACCUUCAGUGACCCAUUCUGCCAAAAUCACUGCUCCCAGUGGCUCGAAUUCAGCUGCCAAAGUGACACAUUCUCCAGAUGUCAGAGAUACUGAUUUGCAUCUGACCUUUGCUAAGGGGUUCAGUGUUCAGUAUCCAUCCCUUAAUCUAAGCACAGAACAAACCACACAAGUUACUGCUGUUGGAAAUUCUGCAGACUUCUGGCCCACAGGCCACAAAAACGUCACCUGGGACCUUGAAGCGUCAUUCAGUCCACACCUAGCUCUACAUGAAGCUUUCACAACAGCCAAUCAGCAUCUCCUUCCACGUCCUCCCUCAGAAUCACCUCCACUUUUAACAUCUCUUCCACCAGCCUCAUCAGAUGGAACUCCUCCCAUCAGCUUGCUGGAAAUGCUUUCGGGGGAAACAGAGACAAGAACCUUAUUUGCCAGUACUCGUCAUCCAUCGCCUGUGAUAAGCACUUCUGUGCCAUUCCAGAGCGCCCGUAAGCCUCGGACAUUCCCUGCCACCGUUCUUCCCAUGCUAACUCAUGCCUUAUUCAAGACAACACCCAAAGUACCGCUGACUUCUCCAGUCCCUGAGAAUUGGACUGUUGCAACUACUCACGCAGGUAGUUUGGUUCCGGGUUCCCAACACACAGCAUACCCUUCUGUGUCCCCUGAGGCAGCACCAACUGUGGCGUCAACAACAGCCACACAGGUUUUAGGAAAAUACACUCUAUCUGCAUUGUCUGCCGCCUUAGUGUCCAAGGGUACUGGAAACAAACUCUCCAUUCCCUCACCAAUGGUAGCCGAAAGCACCCUGACCCCGGUGCUGGCUAAAAAUGGCACUCCCAGUGGAACACCAGGCUCUCAGAUGGCGGCAAGUACAACCAAGGCAGUUGAGAUGCCCACAGCUUCCCCCUUCGUAUCCACGACCCACAGAGCCGUGCAGGCGAACAUGAUCACAGCUGCUGCGAGGCUGUCAACAACACAUUUCCCUGGAAAAUCUCAAGCCAUGCAAUCGGACUACCACAAAGCAACCAACUCUGAAACGCCCAGAAUCUCCACCACAUUCCCACUGACCAUCAUGGCAGCUCUGACAUCUAUUACCACAUCAGGGAAGGUGACUAAACUCCCUCCCUUACCCGUGGAAAACACGUCAGCUGCUCUCCCAGUGGCUUCAACUACUAUGGUCACAACUGGCAAAACCACCUUGAAUCUAGAAUGUCAGAUGUCCAGGAAACUAAUGGUGAAGACAGUUCUCUUUCUCACCCAGAGGAGGCUGCAGAUCAAUGAUUCCCUGAGGUCUGAUGUAGCCAAAGGGCUCACACAAGCACUGCAGAAAGCCUUCCGCCAGAACGAUAUCUACGCACACGUGGAAAUUCUGGACCAUUCCCACAAUGUGACAGUUGGCUAUUAUGUCACUAAGGAGAAAUUGGUUUAUAUUCCUGCUGUUGUUGUUGAGACCCUGGUUGCUUAUGGCAUUAGCAAUGUCACUGCUGACCUGAAGCAGCACGUGCCAAACCUGCAGUCCGUGGCAGUCCUGGCUUUGCCAUGGAACCCCCAGCCAGCCUACGCCUUUCAGCUGAAGACAGUGUUGCAGUUUGUGGGCCAGUCAGACAACAUCCAGUCCUGCAAGUUUGCUCAGACGAUGGAGCAGAGGCUGCAGAAAGCAUUUCAGGAUGCAGAGAAAAAAGUUCUGAGCACCACUAGCAACCUGACUGUGGAGAUUUUGAACACAUCGAAUGCCUCCCAGGCGGUUACCUUGACUUAUGCAGUUUGGAAUCAGAGCACACUCCUGAAUGGCACAGUCUCCAGCAGCCUCCUGAGCCAGCUGUCGGCAGAGCUGGUGGGCUUCUACCUCACCUACCCACCCCUGACCAUCGCAGAGUCCUUGGAAUACCCAAACCUCGAUGUCUCAGAGACAACUAGAGACUAUUGGGUGAUUACAGUUCUGCAAGGGGUGGACAACACCUUAGUGGGACUCCACAAUCAGAGUUUCGCCAGAGUCAUGGAACAGCGGUUGGCCCAGCUGUUUAUGAUGUCCCAGCAACAAGGCAGGCGGCUAAAGAGGGCCACAACUCUUGGGAGCUACACAGUUCAGAUGGUGAAGAUGCAGCGCGUCCCCGGCCCCAAGGAUCCUGCAGAAUUAACGUACUACACGCUGCACAAUGGGAAACCUUUGCUGGGCACGGCGGCCGCCAAGAUCUUGAGCACCAUCGACUCCCAGAGGAUGGCUUUGACCUUGCACCAUGUAGUUCUUCUACAGGCUGAUCCGGUCGUUAAAAACCCUCCCAACAACCUGUGGAUUAUCGCAGCGGUACUGGCGCCCAUUGCUGUGGUCACCGUGAUCAUUAUCAUCAUCACAGCAGUGCUCUGCAGGAAGAACAAGAAUGACUUCAAGCCAGACACCAUGAUGAACCUGCCUCAGAGGGCAAAACCAGUUCAAGGCUUUGAUUAUGCUAAACAACAUCUGGGCCAACAAGGAGCUGAUGAAGAGGAUCCCGUGACCCAGGAAACAGUGGUCCUGCCCCUUCCAGUCAGAGACGCCCCUGCCUCCCAAGAAAGAGAGAUUGCCCAAGACGGAAGUACCAUUAAAACAGCCCAGUCCACUGAAACGAGGAAGAGCAGGUCGCCCAGUGAGAACGGCUCAGUCCUUAGCAGCGAAUCAGGGAAGCCCAGUCCCAGGAGGCCCUCGCCCCAAAAUGUGACGGCCACGGCCACAGCACAGCAGCAGAAAGUGACAAAAGAGGAAGGAAGGAAGAGAAACGUGCCCGUGAGCGAUGAAGAAGAAGGUGCGGGUCUCUUUGACAGCACAGGCAAGCCUGUGGCUGAUCCAUUCGACGCAUCCUCCGGCUCUGUACAGCUGAUCGCUAUCAAGCCAGCCACACUGGCCCCUGCCCACCCGGCGUCUGAACGGAGCCAGGAAUCAGCCAUCAUUAAUGGAGAGGUGAACAAGGCCUUGAAGCAGAAGUCUGACAUUGAACAUUACCGCAACAAACUGCGCCUCAAGGCAAAACGGAAAGGCUAUUAUGACUUCCCCCAGGCGGAGGGCAACAAGGCUCUGACAGAAAGAAAGAUGUACGAGAAAGCACCGAAAGACAUCGACCAUGUCCUGGAUCCCGAGUCGGAGGUGCCCUCUCCGUUUGGCGAACCUAAGAACAGGCAACAGAUAAAGAACUCUGUGUACCGAAGCCGACAGUCUUUAAACAGCCCCAGUCCAGGAGAAACUGAGAUGGAUCUUCUCGUGACACGGGAGAGACCCCGACGAGGAAUCCGGAACAGUGGCUAUGACACUGAACCUGAAAUCAUAGAAGAAACUAACAUUGACCGAGUUAAUGAGCCUCGAGGCUACCCAAGGUCACGCCAGGUGAAAGGUCAUUCAGAGACGUCCACCCUCAGCUCUCAGCCAUCCAUUGAUGAAGUCAGGCAGCAGAUGCACAUGCUGCUGGAAGAAGCAUUCAGCUUGGCCUCCGCAGGCCACAGUGGUCAGAACAGGCAACAAGACGCUUAUGGCUCAGCCCAGCACUUCCCUUACUCCGAAGUGGUAACGAGCGCCCCUGGGACCAUGACCCGCUCAAGGGGUGGAAUGCAGUGGGUGCCUACCUAUAGACCAGAAAUGUAUCAGUACAGUUUGCCAAGGCCGGCCUACAGGUUUUCCCAGCUUCCUGAGAUGGUCAUGGGGUCUCCCCCGCCUCCGGUACCUCCCCGCACUGGGCCUGUCGCUGUUGCUUCUCUCAGACGGUCCACUUCUGAUAUUGGCAGCAAGACCAGAAUGUCUGAGUCCAGCGGCCCAGAGCAAGCACAACUGCAUGACAGCACCCCCUUUGCCCAGGUUUCCAGAGGCCCAGUCUCUGUCACUCCAUUGGACCAGUCAGCUUUAAAUUACUCAGGAAGCACGGUUCCAGCUGUGUUUGCCAUUCCAGCUGCAAACAGACCUGGAUUCACAGGCUACUUCAUCCCCACACCACCCUCGUCCUACCGGAACCAGGCUUGGAUGUCCUAUGCAGGAGAGAACGAGUUACCGGGGCAAUGGGCAGAUUCGGUUCCACUCCCAGGUUACAUAGAGGCAUAUCCCCGGUCACGCUACCAACAGACAUCCCCCUCAAGACUCCCCCGGCAGUACAGCCAGCCCACCAACAUGCACCCAAGUCUGGAACAGGCCCCCAUGGCCUCCACAGCAGCGUCUCAGCAGAGCCUGGCAGAGAACGAUACUUCUGAUGCUCCGCUGACCAACAUUUCCACAGCAGCCCUGGUGAAGGCUAUCCGGGAAGAGGUUGCUAAGCUGGCCAAGAAACAAACAGACAUGUUUGAAUUCCAGGUCUAACACUUAGGAGUUCUCCACUCUUGUAGCCAUUGAACUCCAAACCGUGAAGGCAGCAAAGAGACAAGGAAAUGUGUCUUUGGUUUGUUUGUUGGGACUUGGAAGAGAGGGUGGAUUUCUGUCUGACCCAUCACUGCCUGGAAAGUUGAACUCUGGGGUUUCUGCUAAGUGGAGCAACUCCUUAAAUAGCAAAGCUCUUGACCUGUCUAUUAGGCUGGCCAGUCAAGGUUGUCCUGCCUGGCAACUGUGUGUUUGAUAUGCUGAUACAUUAAAUCCAUGGAAUAUGAUUGUCUGUCCUGAAAAGCCUUAGGCAUGAGAGAUACUAUUUGAUAGAUUGCCCUUCAAUGCCAUAUUUCAUAAGUAACCAGAGAGAGGACAAAAUCCAGACCUGACUACCAUGACCUCUGCAUGCUCAAUCUGUAUUUCUGUGAUAAAAAGGUGAGGAUGAGCACCAGACUGCAUUCUUUCUCAUUGGAACAACAGCAAAAUUUAAAUGGAAAAAAUAAAAUAAAAUAAAAUCAUCUCUGAACUUGGGAUAAGGGAAACUGAAACCAAUCAAGUAACUUCAACCCUUUUUAUUUCAAGCUCAUGCUCAAGGCCAAGUGAAAUUUAUGUUUCUGGUUCUCCCCAAACAAUCGCCCUUGUAAAUAGUCCCAACUUGGUUUCUCAUUAACCGUACAAUGGCCCGAAAGCAGAGAAGAUGGGAGAGGAGACUGAUUGUGGCCGCGUAAUUGGCGUUUGCCAAAUUCUUAAAGGCCCCUGUUGAGCAUCUGAAAAAGUGUUGGCCUUUGGAGAAUAGAAUGAAUUGUGAGUUGUGCUGAAGACCUAACAAAAAAAAGAAGAGAGAAUUGCUGCAAAGUGCUUUUGGGAAUUCUGCAAAUGAAAAAUGGUUAUUUGAGUCUGUUUUCUUUGCCCUACAUUUGAAAGUAGCCUGAGAACCAACCAUCUCUUUCUGUUUCUCUUUCUCUCUCUCUCCUGGAAUAAUAGGUACAUCUACUUUCACAAGGAAACCUCUGUUUAUCAUAAAGCUUUCCAGCUCUCUUGAACAAUGCUGUGUAGUAAAUUCUGCCAAGUGUCUCGAAAUAAAACUGUGAUUAAUGUCUGUUCAAAAUGGGAUAUGUGAAUCUGCAGACUUUCAAAUUCCCAGCCGAUGUUUGUAGAAACUUUGGAAUAUGGGCAACCUGUUGACUUAUGGUCCAAUGUAAAUCAAUGAACACAAGCGUAUGAAUUUAACCAAAUCAUCUCGUUCCGUGGAAGCAGGGAGUUGGGGGGAGGGGGCUGGUGUUUACUAAAAUUAGAGACUGCUGACCAUGGUGUGCUUAAUGCUGAUAAUCCUCUUUCACCACUGGUAGGGAAUCUGACCUCUUCAGCUCAUUGUAGGGGACACAUGUCCAGAAUUCUUUUUCCCCAAGUCAAAUCAAAUAAAGUAACAUCUUGACCAUGGGCAAUACUCUGGGUUCCUUCAUUGAGAAAGCAGCUUCAGUAGCAGAGGUCCCCAGCGUUGGGGAUGGAUGUACUUGACAUCUGUUGAAUUCUGUGCUAAUGGCCUCCCUUCACCCUGUAAUCCAUUCAGCUACAGCCAUAUAUAUGUUCUCUAUCUGAUCUGAUCACCUCAUUCUCCACAUGAGUUUCUUUGGUCUUUAACCAAGAUGAAAAGUUAAAGUUGGGUUAGCUUGGGGGCCAUGUCUAAAAUCUGAGAAGAACAGGAAAGGAAGGUUCAGCCUAACAAAGCACACACAGUCUUUUAAAACUGAGCAAUUUUUUUUGUUUCAAAGACAAAGAGCCCAUCCCAGAUAAUACCAGAGAUAAUGAAUGGGUGGUAGAAUCUUCAAAUAUCUGUCUUGGUCAGACCACAUAGAAUAACAAGGAACCUUUUGGUAAACUGGUUGAUUUUUCAAAAUGUUAGUGUUUUUUGUUAUUUAAAAAAAUCAGAUAUAAAUAAAAUGUAUUUUUAUAAUCUCCAUGUGUAUAUACUGUAUAUUUCUACCAGUGGCCAAUUUGCUAUGGAUUAAGAACUAAGUCAAUUUGCAAGACACUAUAGACACAGUAAGACUUUAUUGAAAAAUUGAUGUGUGGUGUGUAAAUUUAAUCUUAGCUAGGCAGUCAACUAACGUGAAUGCAAAAAGAGCCAAAGAAACUCAGCCUUUCAUACAAAUAGGUAUUGGUCUGAUAAAGUCAGUUAACUCUCUCACUUGCUUAUUAAUGCUAUUAUGUCAUCAGUGCCACUCUGUCAAUCCAGAUGUGUUACUUUCUAUCCAACUGGUGUUUGCCUGGAAAUCCUGUAUGUCAAAUAGAACCUUAAAAACAAUUGUGCAAUUUAAAUAUUUAUGCUUUGGGAUGAAAUCUCUGAGCUCUGGACAUGUUAGAGGUGAUAAUGAAUGCAUGUAAAAUUCAUGGACAUGUAAAUGUCCUCAGCCUUUACAUUACCACAAGUUUGAAUUUUUUCAUAUAAUUUUUACAAAAAGCUGUAUCUCCCUGUUUCCCCAGGAAGAGUUAUUAAAUCUUUGAAGUCAA